AUGCUGACAGCGUUAGACUUGGAAGUUCCGGGCACGUCCCAGAUUUCGCCCAGGGAACUGGUGGAAGAAGUCAUCGAGGACAAAGAAAAAAGCCGGAGAAAUGACUAUAUUCUGCCGAGAAAAAGGAAUUAUGUCACUGAUGGGGACGACGAAGCGGAAGCGGACGAUGCAGAAACCGAUGGAGCGCAAAGACGACAUUCCAACGACGGUGAUGAACACGGAGAAACAAAACAGGUUCGUGAGGUUGUGCUGGAAAUCGGGAAAAUCCCAUGCGAAGGAGUGCGGCCAAUCGGUCCUGGUCGGGUC